AUGAAUUCAACUCCUAAUUCACCCUACGUUGGAGAUGAUAAAUACGACGCGAAAGGCGGGCAGGGCUGUCUGCUAGGCUUUAUUUACCAGCUGAAGCUGUUGAUGCUUUUCAUGGUACGUGGAUUACGGAAAGAUGUGAAAUUUCGAAUAGCGACCGAAGUGAUGGCCGCAGGGGAAUUCGACGAUCUGGUACUUGAGUGUAAAAAUGAUGAUGCCAGCGAUAGUGAGAGUACCUAUAGGUUUCUUCAGGCAAAGCAUAGUCGCGAUAAAUCGCCGAAAAUCGAUGUCAACAAACUUUUUACUGACAGUGACUUCUACUUGGAGAAGUACUUUGAUUCCUACUGUAAGAUUGAGAGACAUCCCACACUCAGCAAGGGCAAAUUGGAAGCUUUCGUUAUUUACACCAACAUCGAUUUGGAUGAGACGGAGUUCGAGUCUCGAGAUAUUAGAGUUAUUCGGGAUGACCAACGUGACGACUUUUUGACUGUCGAAAGUAAGGGAGAAAAGUCUAGACGAUACAAGUUUAGCAGCACGGGCCCAUCAAAAGUAUAUGAAAGUUUAAGAUCGGAAGCGUCUAAACUGGUGCCGGUCAUGGUUAAAAAAGUGCUCACGGGAAAGAAAUUAUCAAACGCAAUUAUUCCCGAAAAAUAUCGUUCUGCUUUUAUGCAGGAAGUUAUUGAUAUCGAUCAGAGAAAAUUGUCUGACGCUUUUAUCGAAGGAGAAAAAUUGUCGGAAGGGGCGAAAAAUUUCCGCGAUGCAUUUUAUUUUCAGGUUUUGAAACAAAAGAAAUUACCCGAAGAUUACAAUGAGCCAGAAAAAAUAUGGAAUGAGAUGAAAAAUAAGUCUCUCCAAUUCUCCCAGGAUUUCAUUUCAGGCUCGAAAUUGAAGGAUGUUGAAAAAUUGUCCGAAGAAUUUGAAAAGUUGUUAAGAUCUGCUGAUGAUAACAAAGUAGUUAGAAUAGAAAUGUGUCAAACAAAACGCUCAAGGAAAAAAAACCAAAGAAUUUCUGCACCGAACAUUGAACGGAAUCUCAUAACGCUAUUGGAAUACGUCUUCAUCAAAGAAACUCAAGGCAAGAUUAGAUUUCAGCCAGAGUUUUUGAACAAUGAUGUCAAGCAUCCUGAUGGGAUCUCCGAGUUGAAAGAAUAUUUGAAGUCUAAGCUCGGUAAUAGCUUCAACGACCUCGACCAAUACCAGUUUGAAAUUUCUGAUUUGGACGCUCGCGUAAAAGAAAAAAAAUGUUCAAUGGACGACUUUCACGACAGUUACGACAAUGACAAAAAAAUUCCCGAUUUUCUUAAAAGAUUAAUUCUUGCGGUAAAACAGCCGAACGAAGGUCAACUUGACGAUGUAUUGAGGAAAGAGAUGGGUGAGAAUUACAAUUUAGAUUUACUACGUGCUGAUUUAGUCACCAUGUCUUUUGAAAGAGAGAUGCGGAAUUGGUUCUUGAAACAACAAGGAUCAUGGCUAUCAAACGAAGAAGGACUUAAAUUUGUGAAUGACGUUAAAGACAAAAUCCAAACUCUUAUAAUGUCAGGGUUAAGCUUAGCGUACUCGGAGGAACUUGAAAAUUACGGAAUGGAUUUCAGACAGGAAAAUCGGGGAUUGACGGACUACUUGGAACUAAAAGAGACGCGCGAAAUGAAUACAUCUUGUAAUUUUGUUGCAACCGAGGGACCGCUGACAGCGGCCAUUCAAGUUUACCGAGCUAUCAAGAGUUCACCCAGGUUUGAAGGAGAAUAUGACUGCAUAAUUAUUCGUGUGACCAACCUGUUGUUACCCGGAAUCAGGAAACAUGUCAUCGAUGCAUUUAAAAUGCAAAACCAGUAUGAUUUGUUGGUUGUCGUUUCUGAACGGUACAAUGAAGAGGAGUAUGGGGAAUUAGAAAGAUUGUAUAAUGAAGAUUUACACGAAAUCGUUAUGAAUGGCCAUAAUAAAAUGAAGAGGCUGAUUUUCGUUACAAGCAUGAAGUUACCUUUCAAAAACUGUUAUCACGUUGACUGUAAAUUAGGCUUCAAUGACCUCACGGAUCAGUCACAGUGGAAACUAUUGGAUAAACGGCUCGUCAAUUUGCAAAAUCGCGUCAAUUUGCAAAAUCGAAAAGAGUACAUGAGUUUCGCAGAAUUAUUGCGAAUUUGCCCUCCAGAAAAUGUAGAAUCGAACGGUUUCAAAAACUUCAGAGACGCUAUGGACUCGACAACGUUAGAGAAGCUUAUCCGUGGCACAGACGAUAUAAACAUAGGCUCUUCUUCAGAAAGUUUGGAUCGGAUAGAAAAUUAUUUUAUAAACCGUACGUUUUAUCGGUGCGUUAUCAUCAAGGUCGACGUUCUGAACUCCGAACAGACUUCCGAGGUUUACGCAGUCGGCCACGCCGACCACAAUUCUUUACGUGACCUAGUGAUGAGACAAAGACGGGAAACUUUUCAGAGAACUGAUUCCUUAGAAGGGCGUCAACUUAGAUUCGUUCCAUUGAAAAGUGGUGAAGAGCAGGAACAAUUCGAAAAGCUGUGUAAAGAAUAUCCUCGCGAGAGUCAUAACGUUCACUGGCUCAUGGCAGGAACGGAAAAAUUACUAUGGAUACGAUCGAAUGGUAGUAUCGAUAGUUUGCUGGAGUACCGAGACUUUGGGGAAAACUUCGAUUGUGACUAUCGGUGCAGUGUAUGUCAAACAGCAGCCAGCGAUGCGGCGAUUGAUGAACUAGCUUCUCAGGAUGGUCGUCCCGUAAUCGUUUGCGACAUCCCCGGUAUGGGAAAAUCGACCGUUUUAACUCACCUCACGAGGCAAAUGAAAACGAUGAACCCUAAAAUGUGGGUGAUUCGCAUCAAUUUAAACGAUUAUACAGAUGCGUUGCUGGAGGAAAGCAAGCGAUGCACUUUAAAAAUCGGGGACAAGGAAAGUGUUACCGAGUUUCUCGUUAAAGGUUUUCUCAAGCUCAAGACUCCAAUAGAAAAAGUGGUUUUGAAACAUCUGAUCACGGUACCGAGUGGCUUGGGCUUACUUUUCGAUGGCUUCGAUGAAAUAAGUCCCCGAUACACGGAAACUGUAAUUAAAAUGUUGAAGGCAUUCAAAGAAUAUUCCGGAGUAAAAUUGGUCGUCACCACCAGGCCCCACACGCGGAGUACAUUAGAAGGAACGCUUCAAGCAUUUUCUUUCCGAAUGAAACCGUUUUCUCGAGAAAAUCAAAUCGAUUUUCUAGUCAAAUUUUGGAGAAACAGAUGCGACGAAGCUGACGAAGCAUUGCUGAAAGAGAGUGCCAAAAUGGUGUUGCGAAAAAUUAAGGAUACAAUCUCCGUUCGAUUUGACGAAUUCGCUGGUGUCCCUCUGCAAACUCUCAUGAUUGCCGAAGUAUUCUGUCCCACGGAUAUGAGGACGGCUUCAGUGGUUGGUCACGAAAAUAUGAAGCCGGAUGUGCCAGAUCAUAUGACAAUAUCUGAUUUAUACAAAAUGUUCGUUGACAGGAAGUACGAAAUAUAUCGUCUAGAAAAGAAAAGAGAAAACCCCAGCAAUCUGGCGGUGCAGGAAGAUUUUAAGAAAUGGAAGAAAAAAUUUCUGAAAGCCUAUCGACGAUUAGCUAUGUACACGCUGCUUGAAGAAGAAGUUUCAGGAACGUGGACUUUGUGUGUGAAAGAGGUUGCCAAAGUGAAGGAAUUGAUCGAUGAAGUAUGUGGAGGUACAGAUCGAAUUGGCAUUGUGACGAAUACAAUCAACCAGAGAGCUCAAUUUAUUCAUCGUACUUUUCUAGAAUAUCUAGUAGCCAGUUAUUUGUUUCAAAAACUAGAGGAAUCGAACAAGGACGAGUCAUCUAAGCAGUUUAAAAUGUAUUUAUUGAAUGACAUUCUGGUCAAGUCAAGAUAUAAGGUAAUUCGUGUCUUUCUCAACGAUCUACUAUACAAACCACCGACAGUAGACUCGAUAUUCGACGUUUCUAUCUCCAAGGAAGAAAUGGAUUCACUCAUUCUUGGCGAAAACGGCAUAAACAUAUUUCACAUCGCUGCGGACGAAGGCAACUACAAGAUUAUGGAAUUCUUUUUCUCUCGUCUCGCGAAGAAUUUCCCAGAACCGCGGGAGGUGAUUAACUUGAAGUCCGCGGAUUCUGGUGAAACCCUCAUGCAUAAGGUGGUUUUGAAAUUCCCAAUACGCAGAUUUCAGAGUUUAUCAGCGGAAACUGAAAAAGCAGUUGUGACAUGGUUAUUGGAACAAAAUGCUGACGUUAAUAUUACCGAUGAAACAGGAGAGACUCCGAUGCACACAGCUCUCCGAAUGGAAAAAUCGAUGGUUUUCAAAUUAUUGGCAAGUCAGACAAAUGCUGAUAUGACAGCCCAAAACUGUCAGGGGAUGACAUUGCAGCACGUGGCUGCUGCGUUCGGUGAUCUGAACACAUUGAAGUGGCUUUUGGAAGAUCGGGGCUGCGAUGUCGACGUACGAGAUGAAUCAGGGAUGACAUUGCAGCACAUGGCUGCUGCGUCUGGUGAUCUGAACACAUUGAAGUGGCUUUUGGAAGAUCGGGGCUGCGAUGUCGACGUACGAGAUGAAUCAGGGAUGACAUUGCAGCACAUGGCUGCUGCGUCUGGUGAUCUGAAAACAUUGAAGUGGCUUUUGGAAGAUCGGGGCUGCGAUGUCGACGUACGAGAUGAAUCAGGGAUGACAUUGCAGCACAUGGCUGCUGCGUCUGGUGAUCUGAAAACAUUGAAGUGGCUUUUGGAAGUUCGGGGCUGCAAUGUCGACGUACGAGAUGAAUCAGGGAUGAUAUUGCAGCACGCGGCUGCUAGGUUUGGUAAAUUGAAUAUAUUGAAGUGGCUUUUGGAAGAUCGGGGCUGCGAUGUCGACGUACGAAAUAAAUCAGGGAUGACAUUGCAGCACGCAGCUGCUGCGUUUGGUAAAUUGAAUAUAUUGAAGUGGCUUUUGGAAGAUCGGGGCUGCGAUGUCGACGUACGAAAUAAAUCAGGGAUGACAUUGCAGCACGCAGCUGCUGCGUCUGGUGAUCUGAACACAUUGAAGUGGCUUUUGGAAGAUCGGGGCUGCGAUGUCGACGUACGAGAUGAAUCAGGGAUGACAUUGCAGCACGCAGCUGCUGCGUCUGGUGAUCUGAACACAUUGAAGUGGCUUUUGGAAGAUCGGGGCUGCGAUGUCGACGUACGAGAUAAAUCAGGGAAAACAUUGCAGGACAUAGCUGCUGCGUCUGGUGAUCUGAACACAUUGAAGUGGCUUUUGGAAGAUCGGGGCUGCGAUGCCGACGUACGAGAUGAAUCAGGGAUGACAUUGCAGCACGUGGCUGCUAGGUUUGGUAAAUUGAAUAUAUUGAAGUGGCUUUUGGAAGAUCGGGGCUGCGAUGUCGACGUACGAAAUAAAUCAGGGAUGACAUUGCAGCACGCAGCUGCUGCGUCUGGUGAUCUGAACACAUUGAAGUGGCUUUUGGAAGAUCGGGGCUGCGAUGUCGACGUACGAAAUAAAUCAGGGAUGACAUUGCAGCACGCGGCUGCUAGGUUUGGUAAAUUGAAUAUAUUGAAGUGGCUUUUGGAAGAUCGGGGCUGCGAUGUCGACGUACGAAAUAAAUCAGGGAUGACAUUGCAGCACGCGGCUGCUAGGUUUGGUAAAUUGAAUAUAUUGAAGUGGCUUUUGGAAGAUCGGGGCUGCGAUGUCGACGUACGAAAUAAAUCAGGGAUGACAUUGCAGCACGCAGCUGCUGCGUCUGGUGAUCUGAACACAUUGAAGUGGCUUUUGGAAGAUCGGGGCUGCGAUGUCGACGUACGAGAUGAAUCAGGGAUGACAUUGCAGCACGCGGCUGCUAGGUUUGGUAAAUUGAAUAUAUUGAAGUGGCUUUUGGAAGAUCGGGGCUGCGAUGUCGACGUACGAGAUGAAUCAGGGAUGACAUUGCAGCACGCAGCUGCUGCGUCUGGUGAUCUGAACACAUUGAAGUGGCUUUUGGAAGAUCGGGGCUGCGAUGCCGACGUACGAGAUGGAUCAGGGAUGACAUUGCAGCACACGGCUGCUGCGUCUGGUGAUCUGAACACAUUGAAGUGGCUUUUGGAAGAUCGGGGCUGCGAUGUCGACGUACGAGAUAAAUCAGGGAAAACAUUGCAGGACAUAGCUGCUGCGUCUGGUGAUCUGAACACAUUGAAGUGGCUUUUGGAAGAUCGGGGCUGUGAUGCCGACGUACGAGAUGAAUCAGGGAUGACAUUGCAGCACGUGGCUGCUGCGUUCGGUGAUCUGAACACAUUGAAGUGGCUUUUGGAAGAUCGGGGCUGCGAUGUCGACGUACGAGAUGAAUCAGGGAUGACAUUGCAGCACGCGGCUGCUAGGUUUGGUAAAUUGAAUAUAUUGAAGUGGCUUUUGGAAGAUCGGGGCUGCGAUGUCGACGUACGAGAUGAAUCAGGGAUGACAUUGCAGCACGCAGCUGCUGCGUCUGGUGAUCUGAACACAUUGAAGUGGCUUUUGGAAGAUCGGGGCUGCGAUGUCGACGUACGAGAUGAAUCAGGGAUGACAUUGCAGCACGCAGCUGCUGCGUCUGGUGAUCUGAACACAUUGAAGUGGCUUUUGGAAGAUCGGGGCUGCGAUGUCGACGUACGAGAUAAAUCAGGGAAAACAUUGCAGGACAUAGCUGCUGCGUCUGGUGAUCUGAACACAUUGAAGUGGCUUUUGGAAGAUCGGGGCUGCGAUGCCGACGUACGAGAUGAAUCAGGGAUGACAUUGCAGCACGUGGCUGCUGCGUUCGGUGAUCUGAACACAUUGAAGUGGCUUUUGGAAGAUCGGGGCUGCGAUGUCGACGUACGAGAUGAAUCAGGGAUGACAUUGCAGCACGCGGCUGCUAGGUUUGGUAAAUUGAAUAUAUUGAAGUGGCUUUUGGAAGAUCGGGGCUGCGAUGUCGACGUACGAAAUAAAUCAGGGAUGACAUUGCAGCACGCAGCUGCUGCGUCUGGUGAUCUGAACACAUUGAAGUGGCUUUUGGAAGAUCGGGGCUGCGAUGUCGACGUACGAAAUAAAUCAGGGAUGACAUUGCAGCACGCGGCUGCUAGGUUUGGUAAAUUGAAUAUAUUGAAGUGGCUUUUGGAAGAUCGGGGCUGCGAUGUCGACGUACGAAAUAAAUCAGGGAUGACAUUGCAGCACGCGGCUGCUAGGUUUGGUAAAUUGAAUAUAUUGAAGUGGCUUUUGGAAGAUCGGGGCUGCGAUGUCGACGUACGAAAUAAAUCAGGGAUGACAUUGCAGCACGCAGCUGCUGCGUCUGGUGAUCUGAACACAUUGAAGUGGCUUUUGGAAGAUCGGGGCUGCGAUGUCGACGUACGAGAUGAAUCAGGGAUGACAUUGCAGCACGCGGCUGCUAGGUUUGGUAAAUUGAAUAUAUUGAAGUGGCUUUUGGAAGAUCGGGGCUGCGAUGUCGACGUACGAGAUGAAUCAGGGAUGACAUUGCAGCACGCAGCUGCUGCGUCUGGUGAUCUGAACACAUUGAAGUGGCUUUUGGAAGAUCGGGGCUGCGAUGUCGACGUACGAGAUAAAUCAGGGAAAACAUUGCAGGACAUAGCUGCUGCGUCUGGUGAUCUGAACACAUUGAAGUGGCUUUUGGAAGAUCGGGGCUGCGAUGCCGACGUACGAGAUGAAUCAGGGAUGACAUUGCAGCACGUGGCUGCUGCGUUCGGUGAUCUGAACACAUUGAAGUGGCUUUUGGAAGAUCGGGGCUGCGAUGUCGACGUACGAGAUGAAUCAGGGAUGACAUUGCAGCACGCGGCUGCUAGGUUUGGUAAAUUGAAUAUAUUGAAGUGGCUUUUGGAAGAUCGGGGCUGCGAUGUCGACGUACGAGAUGAAUCAGGGAUGACAUUGCAGCACGCAGCUGCUGCGUCUGGUGAUCUGAACACAUUGAAGUGGCUUUUGGAAGAUCGGGGCUGCGAUGUCGACGUACGAGAUAAAUUCGGGAGAACAUUGCAGCACACGGUUGCUCAGUAUGGUAAAUUGAAUAUAUUGAAGUGGCUUGAGGCGGAGCGAGGCUGUUAUGUCGACUCACGGGAUAUUUCAGAGGUAACAGCAGCAGUUAGCUACUGA